CCAACCUCUUCCUCUCAAUUUGUUACUGGUGUCCGUCUGACAUUCCCGUCGUCCCAAAUCGGACUGAAAGUUCACCUGUUGACGAGGGCAAGACUGCACCAUCUCCGGCGGCUGGGAAUGCUGUUCUGACGGGGCUUGAUUGUAGAGAGAGAAUGAAAAAAAGAGCUUAAUAUCUGGGAUAAGCUUGUUUUGUUUAGAAGUUUCAUUUACGAGCUAUCAUGGAUGUUGAUGAUCAAAACCCUGCAUCAACUGCUGCGGAAUCUCCUGAAAUCCUUCCUGGUGGUGAAAAUGAGGAUCUUGAUAAUCCAGCAGAACCAAUGCAACCUGCAGCUACAACAGUUAUUCCAUCUUCAAUUGUGCCUUCCAUUGCUCCCAUCCCCCCUCCUCUAAUUACACGUCCAUUGGCUCCUCUUCCGAGCCGGCCUCUCCUCUUCAGGCCCCCUGUAGCACAAAAUGGGGAGAUGAGAACAAGUGACUCUGACUCAGAACACGAUGAAUUGGCUCCUUCCCGUGCCACUCAAGGUUCAACUGCAGAAUAUGAAGUAUCAGAAGAGAGCAGACAGGUAAGAGAGCGUCAGGAAAAAGCCAUGCAGGAAUUUCUGAUGAAGCGCCGUGCUUCUGCUCUAGCAGUACCUACUAAUGACAUGGCUGUUCGAGCCCGUCUUCGUCGUCUUGGUGAACCCAUAACACUUUUUGGAGAAAGAGAAAUGGAAAGGCGGGACAGGUUGCGGUCAAUAAUGGCACGUUUAGAUGCUGAAGGGCAGUUAGAGAAGCUGUUGAAAGUUCAUGAGGAAGAGGAGGCAGCAGCUACUGGUGGAACUGAGGAGGCUGAGGAAGAAGUGCUUCAAUAUCCUUUUUAUACUGAGGGGCCCAAGGCUCUCUUGGAUGCAAGAAUUGAUAUUGCAAAAUAUUCGAUCGUAAGAGCAGCUGCACGUCUUGAGCGUGCUAAGAGGAAAAGGGAUGAUCCAGAUGAAGAUGUGGAAGCUGAAAUGGAUUGGGCUCUGAGACAGGCUGAAAGUUUGGUUCUGGACUGCAGUGAGAUAGGAGAUGAUCGACCACUUUCUGGUUGCUCGUUCUCGUCUGAUGGAAAAUUCCUCGCCACUAGUUCAUUAAGUGGAGUUGCGAAAAUGUGGAGCAUGCCUCAAGUAAGGAAGGUUUCCAACUUUAAGGGACACACAGAGCGGGUUACUGAUGUGAUAUUUUCUCCAGUGAACGAGUGUUUAGCAACUGCCUCUGCUGACCGAACUGCAAGGUUGUGGUCUACUGAAGGAUCUCUCCUUAGAACAUUUGAGGGCCAUCUGGACCGCCUUGCACGGAUUGCCUUCCACCCAUCAGGUAAGUACUUGGGCACCACUAGCUUCGACAAGACGUGGAGAUUAUGGGACAUUGAAACUGGUGUAGAGUUGCUUCUUCAAGAAGGUCAUAGUAGAAGUGUUUAUGGCAUAGACUUCCACCAUGAUGGAUCUUUAGUAUCAUCUUGUGGACUUGAUGCACUUGCUCGUGUUUGGGACCUUCGAACUGGUAGAAGUGUUCUUGCCUUAGAAGGCCACGUCAAGCCAGUCCUUGGAGUUAAUUUUUCACCCAAUGGUUAUCAUUUAGCUACUGGUGGUGAAGAUAACACCUGUCGGAUAUGGGAUUUAAGGAAGAAAAGAUCUCUUUAUAUAAUACCUGCACACUCAAACCUUAUUUCACAGGUGAAAUAUGAGCCUCAAGAGGGUUACUUCUUGGUAACUGCAUCAUUUGAUAUGACUGCAAAGAUUUGGUCUGCUCGUGAUUUUAAGCCUGUGAAGACACUCUCUGGCCACGAAGCAAAAGUUACAUCUUUGGAUAUAAUUUCAGAUGGACAGUGUAUUGCGACUGUCUCCCACGAUCGGACCAUAAAGCUUUGGUCUGUCAAUAGCAAAGACGAACAAACUAUGGACGUUGAUUGAGUUUUGUAGCACCGACAUGGGGGAGACGUUUUGAAAGCUCUGCAGGCUCAUGUGGAGGUAAAGGAGAUAAAAGAGGUUGGAUCAGAUGAUCUCCCUUCUUUCUAAUCAUGUAAUAUCAUGUAUCUGAUUGAAUGCUGAGUAGUGAGUUAAUUUAGGCCACAAAGAAAAUCCUGUGCUGACAAUUUUCAUGUUAAUUGAGGGUUUUAGAACUUUAGAUCCAAAAGAGAAAUGAAGAUCCAAUAUUAAGACCAAAA